AUGUGCGUCCCUCCUCUUUCUAACCGGCGGGGCUCACGUUAUGUGUAAAGUGGAUUUCUGCUCUCAGUCGUGGGUUUAGUCGUGCGGAGAGCGGUUCAGGCACACAGCUGUUUCAAGGAGGUAGGAGCCGUCGGGAGAACUUGGAUCGCGACCCCCAGGGACCUAAAAAGUCAAAGCGCUGCAGACACGCACCACUGGAUGAGCACGGUUCAAGUUGUGUUGGUGUUUUUUUAAAAGAUUGGCUCGAGAUGUUUCUUCAGCUGCUGUGUUUGGUGUGCCUUUGUGCUGGCUUUACCCAACAAGCGCCAGCACAUGACAUCAAGAAGAUGGAAGGAAAGAACUCCGCUGUGUCGGGGUCUCUGUCUGGCCAGGUGGUCCUGCCCUGCCACUUCUCCACCCCCGUCUCCGACUCCCCCGCGCUGCCCCCCUCCCAGGCCUCCCCCACCCCGCACCCAGAGGAGCUGAGGGUCAAGUGGAGCCGUCUGGACGGGCAGGGGGACCAGGUGGUGCUGGUGUCCCAGGGCGGGGUGAUGAAGGUGGGCCAGGACUUCAAGGGCAGGGUGUCGGUGCCCGGCCCGUCGUCGGGGGCCCCGGGCGACGCCUCCCUGACGGUGCUGGGCCUGAGGGCCAGUGACGCCGGCCUCUACCUCUGCGAGGUCAUGCACGGGAUGGACGACUCGCAGGACUCGGUCUCGCUGAGCGUCAGUGGUGUGGUCUUCCACUACCGGGCCAGUGUCAGCCGCUACACCCUGAACUACCCCGCGGCCGUACAGGCCUGCCUGACGGCGGGAGGCAGCAUCGCCACCCCAGGACAGCUCAGCGCCGCGUUCGAGGACGGGUUUGACCAGUGUGACGCCGGUUGGUUGGCUGACAAGAGUGUCAGGUACCCAAUCACGAAGCCCCGUCCAGGUUGCCAUGGAGACAGGAAGAACCAGCCGGGAGUGAAAACGUACGGCUUGCGUCCUUCUGACGAGACGUACGAUGUUUACUGCUACGUUGAAGAACUCAACGGGGAGGUCUUCCACCCGCCCAUCUCCUCCAAGCUGUCCCUGGAGGAGGCCCGGCGGGAGUGUCUGACCCGGGACUCGGUGCUGGCCUCUCCGGGCCAGCUGUACGCCGCCUGGAGGGCAGGCUACGGCCGCUGCGACUACGGCUGGCUGUCGGACGGCAGCGUCCGCUACCCCGUCUCCGUGCCAAGGCCUCAGUGCGGCGGGGGGCUUCUGGGGGUCCGGACGUUGUACCGCUUCCAGAACCAGACCGGCUUCCCAAGUCCCGCCACCAAAUAUGGAGUGUAUUGCUUUAAAGGUCUCUCGCCCUGUGUGGUGAACGGGUGUCAGAACGGAGCGUCGUGCUUCAUGAAGGAGACGACCCCCGUCUGUCUGUGUGCACCGGGCUACACCGGACAAUACUGCCACAUCGAUGUUGAUGAGUGCCAGUCCAACCCCUGUCUGAACGGAGCCACCUGUGUGGACGGCCUGCACACCUUCACCUGCCUCUGUCUGCCCAGCUACUCAGGAGAGCUCUGUGAACAUGACACGCAGACGUGCGGCUACGGCUGGACCAAGUUCCAGUCCCACUGCUACAAGUACUUCACCCACCGCCGCACCUGGGACGCGGCCGAGAGGGAGUGCCGCAUGCACGGGGCCCACCUGGUCAGCGUGCUGUCCCAGGAGGAGCAGAACCACAUCAACCAUCUGGGUCAUGACUAUCAGUGGAUCGGUCUCAACGACAGGAUGUACGAGAGAGACUUCAGAUGGACCGACGGCAGCACCAUGCAAUACGAGCACUGGAGGCCGAACCAGCCGGACUCCUUCUUCCAGUUGGGGGAGGACUGUGUGGUGAUGAUCUGGCACGAGGACGGCCAGUGGAACGACGUGCCCUGUAACUACCACCUCACCUUCACCUGCAAGAAGGGCACAGUCUCCUGCAGCCACCCCCCGGUGGUGCCUGACGCCCGGGUGUUCGGGACCCUGAAGGAGCGCUAUGAGAUCAACUCCCUGGUGCGCUACCACUGCAAGCAGGGCUUCAUCCAGCGCCAAGCCCCCACCAUCCGCUGCCGGCCCGACGGCCAGUGGGAGACGCCCAAGGUCACCUGCAUGAGCGCUGCAAACUACCAAAAGGCGUUUGCCCAGAAGCAUCGCGGCAACCUGGACAACCACUAUCAGAGCUGGCAUCACAACCAGCACCUGGGCCUCAGCAGCCAUCCCAACUACAACAGUCCCCAGCGGUCACAACCCCAGAACCAGAACUCUAGGAAGACCUUCUCCGGUCUGCAGCGGCGCUACCACCAGCUGCAGAGAGAGAAGAGACAUCCGGGCAGCCAAUCACAGGAGGAGGGCGAGAUGAGGCGUUGAGCUGUAUCCAGGGGUUGGUAUCCAUGGCGAUCUCCAUAGCAAUCAACAUGGCGAUCUCCCUAGGAAUCAAUGUCGCGAUCACCUUAGCCAUUGCCUUAGCGAUCACCUUAGCGAUCACAGUAGUGAUCACCAUAGCGAUUACCCUAGCGAUCACCUUGGUUACCAAUGCCAUCCCCAUAGCGAACGCCAUUGCAAUAUCAGGGGCCAGGCUCAGUUCAGAGACACAGAUAAGACAGCUGUGAUGAACUGACCUGCCCAUCAAUGACUUUCAAUCGAUGAAUAUAGGACUAAAGGAGAUGAGUUUAACCAAAUGUGCCACGUUUCGUGUCAGAUCUGUAAUACAGAUCAGUUGACCAUCAUUGGUCAGUCAACCAUCACCCAGACAUGGUGGUGUCUUGGGGAUGGUCGACUGACUUUACAAAAACAUUAUACUGUUGUAAGAAAUAUAGCUAAACUUUAAAAUUUAUGUUUUUUUCAAAGAGUUCUAUUCCAUGGUGCAUACUAAAUCUUU